UGACUCGUUGAGUGCUACCCGCCGAAAACGCACCACCGGCGAGGGCUGAAACCUCAUAUUCCUCGGCCCCCCGAUGGCUUACUAAUGAAGACACGCUCUCCAACCGGCCUGCUGCUGCCUUUUCCUCCCGCCUGACUUAACUCCCGGCUUAUCACAUGACAAAACAAACCUCACUCGACGACCACCGUGGAGGGAGGUUUGGGUGGUUUUGCGAGGCUGUUGUUUUUCGUUUCCUUCACUGAAUCUCCACCCUCUCACAUUUCACACCUCUUUCAAUCCAUCCCGGUAUCUCGGUAAUUCACACCUAUUUCCUCUUUUUCUUUGUGACUCUUGUAUUCCGUCUACUUGUUAAUCACUGCAUCACCCUUCCAUCCGUUUCCCAUCUUUCCUUCCUUCUCUUCUCCUGUUUACUCUCUCUCUCUCUCUCUCUCUCUCUUUCUGCACCUGGAUUCAGAGCUUGUUUACCCUCCCGGACCACAGCACUGACUCGCAUCCAUGAAAUGAUGCAAUUGAGGUUCCAACUGGGGCUCAAUCUGUCAUGUUAACACAUGCUGAACCCCCACAGAGGGCCGAGAGCAGCUCUGAGUGCUUGGAGACAGUUUGACUGAAGCUCAACAUGCGCGGGCAAAGUGGUGGCAGGAAGAGCUCCUUGCACAAGGAACGAAGGCCCACUGUCACACAGGGUCAGCGGAGGAUGCGCUGGAGCGCUCCGCCGGGGGUCACCCGCCGCCAGGACUCUGCAGCUACGGUCAGACCACUUCCUGCUGUUUGGGAUGGAGGAAUGUUAACGGCAUGUGUCAGCCGGUGUGCGAGAGGUCGUGCGUGAAGGGAAAAUGUGUGGGGCCGGACAAGUGUUCAUGCUCCACGGGGUAUGCGGGACCUCGGUGUGACGAAGAUGUGAACGAGUGUGGUUUCGUGGAGAGACCAUGUUCCCACCGCUGCAUGAACACACACGGCAGCUACCGUUGUUACUGUGAACCUGGAUACACACUCAGCGCAGACGGAUACACCUGCACCAGAGAGGCCGCAUGUUCCUCCCUGCGCUGCCAGUUUGGGUGCCAGAUGGAGAUGGGGGGGGCGGUGCGCUGUCUGUGUCCCCCCGGCCUCCACCUGGCCGCUGACAGCAAGAGCUGUGAAGACGACGACGAGUGCCGGCGAGGCGCCGGCGUGUGCCGGCCGCGGCGGACCUGCAGGAACACGUUCGGCAGCUUCGUCUGCGUGUGCCGCGGCGGCUUCGUGAUGGGGACGCUCAACGGCGCCGCGCGAUGUCGAGACGAGGACGAAUGUUUAAUCGGGUCCCACCGCUGCAGCCGCCACGCUCAGUGCGUCAACACAGACGGUUCCCACACCUGUCGGUGCUCGGAGGGUUACUACGGCAACGGGCGCGCCUGCAGGCCCGCCAGAGCCUCGCGGUCCAGGGCUCGCAUGUACUUCGACUACAAGCUCUCCAAGAGGACCAAGCCCAGAAGACCUUCAUCCAGAUAAAACCACUGGCUACAACCCACACGGCUCAGACCCGGAAGGGGCACGCGACAGUACAUCGUUACCGAGGGGGUGUUCAGGUUAAUCAACGGACGAUAGGACAUUUUUAAACUCACCACAUGUUGUUUAGUGAUGAAAAAACCUUUUCCUUUUGGGGCUGUCGGUUGUCUUCCCCCUUUCGGCAAGGCAACAACCUGGAAUGCUCCCACUGGGUACUUUGCUAGUGUGAGUUUCAGCCCAAAUGGACCGUGAUGCUAGGAGGGCUUUCACCAGUGUCGCCCCUGUUGUUGCACGUUGGACCUACUUUGUUACACAAAAUGCUGCGACGGGAGUUUAUUAAAUUGGUUUCAAAUUACAUUUUCUUCAUAGAAAAAAGUGUUUUGUGAGACUUCAUCAGAAUUUGUUAAUAAAAGGCUGACCUCUGGUGGA